UUUUUUUUUCUUCUUUUUUUUUUUUAACUUUUAUACAUAACAAAUAUUUUUUUUUUUGUUAUUUUUUUAUAUAAUGUCAUAUAUAAAUAAUUCUAACCCUGGUCAAUACCAAGUUCCUCAUGCUCAAACAGAAUAUGGUAAUGCACCCAAUACGCAUCCUACUGGAGUAUACUAUGAUCAACCAACUUCUGAUAAUAACUAUUAUCCAAACACGUAUCAAGCCGAAGAGACUAGUAAUGCAGCAAUCAAUGACAGACGCGCGUUCAAUAUAUGUUGGACAAGUGGAUUAUGGCACAUCUCCAGUAGAAUUACAAGCCUUUUUUCAAUCUUGUGGACCUAUUAAUCGAGUCACAAUUCUUUGUGAUAAAUUUACAGGACAACCCAAAGGAUAUGGUUUUAUUGAAUUUGCGGAUGAAUCAUCUAUUCCUCAAGCAUUGGCUUUAGAUCAAGCUGAAUUCCGUGGACGUCAAUUAAAGGUUACUCCAAAACGUACUAAUGUUCCUGGACUUACUCAUCAUGGUGGAAGAGGAGGACGAGGUCGUGGUCGUGGUAGAGGUCGUGGUGGAUAUUACGGUGCUCCUCGCGGUGUCUCAGGUCCUUAUCAAGGUGGCUAUUAUCAAGGAUAAAUAUGGUUUUUAUUUCUUUUUUUUUUUUCUCUUUUUUUGUUAGUUUGAUGUUGUAUUUUUUUUUUCUCUUUCUCUAUGUACCAUCGGAUUAAAAUAAAAUAUAAAAAUAUAUAUGUGUUUACGUGUACACUUUAUUUUUUAUUUGGUGAAUCGCGUUUACUUUAUUUUUUAUGUUAUGAAAUGAAUGAUAUGAUAUAUUCAUGAACAGUUUGUUUGUUGAUGAUCGAUUGUUGAUGAUUGAUUGGCUGUUGAUAGUUG